AUGCGGCGUAAGACAAUGUGGUAUCCCACUCAAUAUCAAAGGACAACGUUUGGUUUACAAUCUACAAAUAAUGUGUAUUCAGCUAUUGUUCGAAAUAAAACGGAUCGUCCUGUUGUUUGCAUAGCUAUGUAUUCUCUGUUUGAUGAUAAGGAUAUUUACCGUGGACCUGAUUAUUAUGAAGUGGCACAAGCCAUCAUACACCCAAACGGCGCUGCAUAUUUUUCUCAAAAAACCUCUAAUGGGCAUACAAAAAAAAUUACACGAAUUUCUGUUCAAAAAUGGGACGGUACGACAUUGGUAUUAAAUCAACCAUUCAAAGGUGUUACUGGUUCAGUUAAUAAUUGGCAUUUUUAUGUUCAUGAUUCACAAAUUCUAUCACGAAAUCCGCUUCACACAACAAUUCAAGUGCCAUUGCACCGAACAACAGGACACAUUUAA